UUCAAUCACCUUCACUUGUAAACAACAUUAAAUACCGCUGUUUUUAUGUAGUUUUGUACAGAUAAUCGAUUUAUAUUCGAAUUUAUUUUAUGUAGGAAUUACGUAAUACUUUUCUAUUGUCGUCAAUUUACUAACAACAACAAAAAAUGGAUGUACGAAAUCAAAAAUUAGAGCAGCAACGGCAAAUAAUGGAGCAGAAGAUUAAACGUAAAAGGCAAAGUGCAGCUAUGAUACAGGCUUCGGACGUUAGAAAUCCCUCUGCAAAGUUGAGAUCAAACAGCGGCAGUAGAAGGGAAUUGCACGGGUAUGAUGGUCCAUUACAGUAUUCGAUGAGUAAGGAUAAUAAUCCGGAUCAAGUAAUCUCAAUUAUUUCUCACAAUGACUCCAUUGAAGAUACUCACAUUGAAGAUCUCACAAACUGUUCCAGCGAUCUAAUGGAUGUUGAAGAUGACGAGUCGUCACCAGUUGCGUCAACACCUAAUAAUAACGGUAACAUUCCUAUUAAUCCUCUAGGAGAACAACCACUAUUAAUAAACGACGAAGUGAACGCGAUACCGGAAAUCGAAGGUGACGUUGAAGGCAACAUCGAUAAGUUUGUUGUGCAACCAGCUCCGCAAAAGGUCUUGUUUAAAUGCCGAAUAACAAGAGACCGAAAGGGAAUGGAUAGGGGAUUAUAUCCGACGUAUUUUUUACACUUGGAGAAGGAGUACGGAAAGAAGGUGUUCCUUUUGGCAGGUCGAAAGCGUAAAAAAAGUGCUACCAGUAAUUAUUUAAUCUCUACUGACCCAACCGAUCUGUCUAGAGGUGGGGAUUCGUAUGUAGGCAAAUUGCGAUCAAAUUUAAUCGGAACCCAAUUUACAAUCUUUGAUAAUGGGAUCUCCCCUCGAAAAAAUAGCGACAAAGAAGGCGCGAUGAGACGCCAAGAACUGGCGGCGGUCAUUUACGAUACCAACGUGUUAGGCUUCAAAGGACCCCGCAAAAUGACAGUAAUACUGCCGGGCAUGACCCUUGACUUUCAAAGGGUCACAAUGUUCCCGCAGGACGAAAGCGAAGGUCUCAUCGAAACAUGGAAAGCGAAGAAUAUGGACAACAUAAUUGAAUUACAUAACAAAACGCCGGUUUGGAACGACGACACGCAAUCGUACGUACUCAAUUUUCACGGACGCGUUACACAAGCGUCCGUUAAAAAUUUCCAAAUAGUUCACGAUAGCGAUCCCGAUUACAUUGUGAUGCAAUUCGGUCGCGUCGCCGAAGAUGUAUUUACAAUGGACUAUCGAUAUCCCCUGUGUGCAUUACAAGCGUUUGCAAUCGCACUUAGUAGUUUUGACAGCAAGUUGGCUUGCGAAUAAAUCGCCUAAAUGUGCCUCAAGUUAGUUAGUGAUAAAGGUAAAUUGCAAUUUUUAAUUUUAUAUGUAGCGAAUGAACAUUUUCGAAGUUUACGCCAUUUGUCGGCCAUUUCGAGUGUGAUAAUAUAAUAUUGAUAUCAGAUUAAUUUAGAAGCAAUUUUUAUAAAAUUAUAUUAUCACAGGUAGUCUCUUAGAUGAUCUGUAGCUUUAAAUGUUUUAUUUAUGUUAGAGUACUUAUGUGUGUGUACAAUUUUUAUUUGCACACUCCACUGUGGUCUAGUCGAUGUUUUUUUUUAUAAAUAAGAUUUUAGCUAAUAUGAAACGUUUUUAUUCCAGUACAACUGUAUAGUAUUAUUUUUUAUAAGUACAAUAGAUUAUUUACAUUUAGAAAAAAUGCAAAAGAUUCGCGGUACUUGAUUGUAAGAAAAUAUGCUGGGUGCAUCUAACGUUAAAACAGGUAUUUUUAAAGACGAGUAAAAAGUAAGGCUUGUUGUCAGUUAUUUUACUAAGGGUUUAUUUUCGUAGGUCAUGUACACGGCAAGAAAGGAUAGUAGACUAUUCUCUUUUCAAAGUCACGUUUGAAUUCAAAUUUGGAACCGUGAUUGCUGCAUCACAAGGGGUUUGUUAAAUAUAGAAGGCUACUGAUGAUAGUCUGGGUGUAUUUUUUCAUUUUUAUAUUUUAAAUACUCAGGGGAUCGAUCUUGCCAGUUACUCUUUAUAAAGUUUUAUAGCAUAGCUUAUUUAAGGUUAGCAUAUUCCUGAAUUCCCUCGCAUAAAUUUGAAAGCAACUUAUGCAGAUACCACUGGGCAAUUGUACAUGAACAAUAAUUUUCUCUUAUACGCGAUUCAGA